AUGCAGGCGAUCAAGUGUGUGGUGGUGGGUGACGGAGCUGUAGGGAAGACCUGCUUGCUGAUCAGUUACACCACGAAUGCCUUUCCUGGAGAGUACAUCCCCACUGUGUUUGAUAACUAUUCUGCCAAUGUCAUGGUAGAUGGAAAGCCAGUGAACCUAGGCCUCUGGGAUACAGCAGGGCAAGAGGAUUAUGACCGACUGCGGCCUCUUUCUUAUCCACAGACGGAUGUUUUCUUGAUCUGCUUCUCCCUUGUGAGUCCAGCCUCCUUUGAGAAUGUCAGAGCCAAGUGGUACCCUGAGGUCCGACACCAUUGCCCAAAUACACCUAUCAUCCUGGUGGGCACCAAGCUGGACUUGAGGGAUGAUAAGGACACCAUUGAAAGGUUACGUGACAAGAAACUGGCCCCCAUCACCUACCCCCAAGGUUUGGCCAUGGCUCGGGAGAUUGGGUCAGUAAAGUACCUCGAGUGCUCUGCCCUGACGCAGCGGGGCCUGAAGACGGUGUUUGAUGAAGCCAUCCGGGCUGUGCUCUGCCCACCACCCGUGAAGAAGCCUGGCAAAAAGUGUACCGUGUUCUGA